AUGGCCAAAGUUUCAUCAACGCCAGAAACAACAAUCCCAGAUUCCACACUAACCACAUCAGAAACUGAACUUAUAACAAAUUCACCAUUUGUUCAAAACCUCUUACCGCCCCAUUUAUCAUUAUCUCCAGAAGGUGGACCACUCCCAGAUAGGGUCAAGGCAGUUGCACAAUACAUCCCAUUACAACAUGGUCUUUUAACAUACCAUAGACCCAAGAACUCACCAACACCAUUCCAAAUAUACAAACUACCCGAAGCUGAAGUUGUGCCUGGUCAUACACCAAUCAGUGAAUUCCCCAGAUUAAGCGUAACGAGGAUCCUCACGCAACAAUGGUGUGAAUUAAGAGAUUUUUUCGAAAUUUAUUCAAGAACACCUCGUGAAGAGACUGAUGCAAUGAGAAAGGGACGUAAAGAACAUUUAAAACUUGAAUUAGAAACUCAUCCGGAGAUAGAUAUGAGUGAUGUGUUGGAACAUAUCCCACAGGUGGAAUUGAAAGAAGUUGAUGUGUAUUGUCAAAGUGUUGUCGAUGCUAUUUUAAGACUAGUCACUCUAUUACAAACUGGGAGGGCGAGAGAGAUUUAUGUGCAUGGGUUCAUUGACGAGUUUGGUGUUAUUGACGAUGGUGAAGUUUUGGAUGAGGAUAGUAUGAUCGUUACUGGUGUUAUUGAUCAUUUGGUUUUGAAGUCAAGCGAUAGAGAAAGACCAAUAGAGCAUGCUUUCAAACAAAUGAAUGAUCUGAAAGAUAUCGUGGAUCUGGGGAGUGAAGUCAUUUCCAAACAUCCUAGCUCUUAUUUCCUGUUGGUUAGUGAUGUCAAGACUAGAAGCCAGCCUACUCUGCCUAGUCAAGCAAGUGUGUUACAAGGUGCAAAGAGUCAAGUUAUGAUUUAUAGGAAAUUUCUUGAAGUGUUGGGUGGUAGAUUUGGUGCUCAAUGGCUUGAAGAGUAUUGUAAAAGAAAGAAAAUUGAUAUUAAUGAACCAAUAACUCCAGAGUUUGCACUGGGUUUGAUUUAUACACAUGAUGUUUUCUGGAAAGAUUUUGAAAGAAUAAGAGAUGGUGUUGAUGUUGGUAUUGAAGGGUUUGAUAACCAUAAACAUUUUUCAAAUUAUGAUCUUUCAUACUUGAAAUCAAGUAUUACAGACCCAGAAAUGUUGGAAAAGAUUUCACCAUUUUUGAAACCAUGGUCAAGAGCACCAACUACAAGAUAUUUUAUUUCUAGAUUAUCUAAAAUGUUUCACAAUACUGCAUUAUUAUUAAGACAUGAAGAAUUAAGAGUUGAAUACUUUUUUCAAGGCAAAAAUUUACAUGACGUUUAUUUUCAAUAUGACGAGAAUGUAAUGGCCACAGUUGCUGCUAAAGGUUUAGAAUUUUGGAAAGGGUAUAGAGAUCCUCAACCCAUUGAAGGAACUUUCAAAAACAUCAAUUCAAUUUGUAAAUAUUGUGAUUUUAAAGAUCAUUGUUUAUGGACAAAGGAAAUGGAACAACAAAACUAUGAUAGAGGACAUAACAGUAUGCUAUACUAA